CACCUGUGCCCCUGCAGCCCAUGGAAGUCCACGGCGGAACAGAGAUCCACCUGCAGCCCAUGGAGGGCCCCGCACCGGAGAAGGUGGAUGCACCCUAAGGAGCAGGCUCCUGGCAGGACCUUGGACCUAUGGAAGCAGGAGUCCACUCUCGUGGGAGCCGCCGCUGGGCAAAGUGGAGCUGCCCCUGGCCCCGGGCCGGGCAGAGGCCACCGCCUCGCUGAGGGCCGAUGGAGGGAACCGGUCCCAAUGCCCCCGGUGCUCGGUCGCUCAGCAGCGUCCCAGGUGGGGCCGGGCGGACUCCAUUUCCCGUGGCGCAGCGCGGCCGGGGCGGCGCAGGCGCGCUGCCGGGCGCGGCGAGAGCAGGCGGCCGUGGCCAUGAGGCGGCGGAGCGCCGUGCAGCGCAAGGUGCCCUGUCUGUUCGUCACCGAGGUGAAGAAGGAGCCGUCGGCCAAGAGGGAGCGCCAGCCAUUUAAAGUUUUGGCAACUGAAACUAUAUCUGGAAAGGCAUUAGCAGCAGAUAUACACAAUGCAAUUCCUACUGAAAAGGUGGAUGGAACCUGCUGUUACGUAACUACCUAUAAAGGGCAACCCUAUCUAUGGGCCAGACUGGAUCGAAGACCCAGCAAACAAGGCGAAAAAAAGUUUAGACAAUUCUUGCAUUCAUUGAAAGAUUGCAAAGAAUUUGCAUGGAAUAUUGAAGAGGAUUUCAAGCCUGUUCCAGAUACCUGGAUUCCAGCAAAGGACUUAGAGUUCUCUAAUGGCAAUCCAUUGCCCGAUGAAAAUGGACAUAUGCCAGGUUGGGUACCUGUGGAGAAAAAUAAUAAGCAGUAUUGCUGGCACUCAUCUGUUAUAAAUUAUGAGGCUGAAAUAGCACUGGUAUUGAAACGCCAUGCUGACCCAGGGCUUUUGGAAAUCAGUCCAGUGCCAUUAUCAGAACUUCUAGAACAAACAUUGGAGCUUAUUGGGACUAAUAUUAAUGCAAAUCCAUAUGGAUUAGGAAGCAAGAAGCACCCUGUACAUCUUCUGGUACCACAUGGAGCAUUUGAAAUAAAGAAUCCACCUACUUUGAAGCAAAAUGACAUACUGUCUUGGUUUGAAAGCUGCAGUGAGGGUAAAGUUGAAGGAAUUGUGUGGCACUGCCAUGAUGGGUGUUUAAUCAAGCUCCAUCGCCAUCAUCUUGAUUUACCCUGGCCACUUGCAGAGACAUACCUGAAUUCUCAGCCUGUUGUAAUUUCUUUUAAUAGAACUAAAUAUGAAUGUGACUUUGAACCAAAGAGUUUGUUUCACCAUUUCUCAAACUUGGAUGGUCAAAGAUUUGACAGACUCAAAGAUAUCAAGUUUGAUGCUUAAAAUGAUUUUCUGCUUCUAAGUUAAUUGUCCCAUGUGCUGCAUUCCUCUUACUUGUGUCUACCACAGAACUUUUUACAAAUAAUCUUGCAGCUUAGGCAACAGCCCAGGUACUGUAUCAUUUUAAGUUUAUCCUAAAUGACUCAUUUUAGAUAACAGAGAUCUGACAGCCAGAGCGGGAUCUAGCUUCCAGCAUGUUUAUUUUCUUUUCUGAAAAAUCCUUAACUUUUGAACCCAUUUCUGGAAACUGUCAACAUUAAGUGUAAGAAGUAUGUUGUCUAUCACUGGGUCGUUCUAAAAGCUUAGUUAAUGAAUGCAAUCAAAUGGAAAAGUUACAUAGUUUACACUUCUAAAAAUAUAAUUGUUAUGACAUUAUUAUAUGUAGCAUUCAGAUUUAGGAUCUAGUUCCUUUACAGAAAAGACCAUAUUUCUGAUGGGACCAGAAUUUGUCUAAAAUUUGAUAACUUCUUUUUAAAGUAGUAACAGUUUCUUAUAGGGAAAAACUUUUCCCUGUAUUAUUUGACAUAAGCAUUAUGCUAUUACUUGAAACCCCAAUUACCCUCUAUCCUACGGGCACUUCCACUAUUUUGGGGACAAAAAGAGUAAAUAAUAAAAAGUAUACUAGUUUUAUUUUGGAGAUCCUUAGUAAUUGGAGAGAGACAUGGCUUAAUAAUUGCCACUUACAACUGCAUCUCAAUUAGGAAACUUCAAGGGUAUAUUAAGUACAAUAAGGCAUAUAAAUAAUAAAUGUGAGACUGAAUGAUUGUUUGAGUUGGUUUUAUUUUAUGUCUGCUAUAAAAGUAUACAUUCAGCUAUAUAAAAUAUACAAAAUGAAAAAAUCAAUUAUGUACAAAAAUACCAUUGGUUUGGCUGAAAUACUACAGUUUAAUUUUCAGUUCUUUGUUCUUGGGUUUUUUAAAAUUGAGGUAAAAAUAACCAGGGAUGUAAAUACAGCCAUCCCACAUACUGACCCUGAGUUCAGAGUUAAACAGCAUGGUCAGAUGAGACAGCAAGUGCAAGUUAUCUGUUCUUAUUAAUCUGGAAUUUAGCACACUUAGCUACAUAUGCUGACAUUUUAAGAGUUUCUCAACUUUUAGGAUAAGCCCAAGGUUUCAACUUCACCUGAAACCUGUGUAUUAGCCAGUUUAACUGUUCUGAAUUAAAAUGUGAUAGUGUGAAGGAGCUGGGAGAGGUAAAACUCACUUUUAUUUUGACUGAUGUAUAUAACUGUUGACUAAUCCAAUUCUGCAUCCUUAGGUGUGUGCAAACUAGUGUAACUUUAAGAGACUUGUAUUAUUCUAAGAUAACCACAGACAAAUGAAUAUUACAUAACUGCUGUGGAAUUUAUUUUUUGUAUCAAUGCUGAGAAUACUAAACACUAGCCUAAUCAACAGCAGUGUUGCCUGGACUAUGCACUUGGAUGCCAAACUCUUCAGAAAGCUGCUUCAACUUCUCUUCUAAGAUUAUAUUUUUUUUUACUUCUUCAUUGUAGUUAUAUUUCAGAUCCUCAAGUUCUUCAAAAAAGGAAGGGUCAUAGUUUUCUAAUUCUCUUCUCAGCUUUUUUGUCUCCUCCUAUUGAAAAGAAUGAAGGAGUUCCACCUUUAUCAAGAACUUUGUUAAUACAGCACAACUUUUUUUCCUUUGUCUUGAGAGGUUAAAUGAUGAGAUAAUAAGGAUGUUAUCUAGAGACAAAAAAACUCUACCCAUAAACAGCACAUUCACUAAAAACAAAAUAGGCUUUGUAAACAUAAUGGUUUGAAAUUUACUUGGUCAUUAAAUAUUAAUUUAGAUAUUAAACAGCUCUUUCUAGCUAACCGUAAUUUUACUCAUUAUCUUGCCUAGGAUGAUCCUUGCAACUCACCUUUAAUUGCUGUUUUUCCAGCUCUAGGGCUUUCAGCUGUGUCUGGAGGUCAGCUAUUUUAUCCUUCUCUACAAUUUCAUUAUGCCCUGUAAAAAUAAUGAUGAUUUUUUAUGAAAUUUAAAGUAAUGAAAAUCCAUGGCAUGAAUAAUCUUGUUUGAGUAGCUCUGCAUCUCCUGAAAGCUGAAACAGUUGAAGUGUGUAAACCCAGCUGGGAUCACCAAAAAUUCAAGUCAUCUGGGCUUUUCCUUAGUUCUUGUAAAAAUUAGUGGUGUCUAGUUCUUGUGACUGAAUGCAGUAGUCCAGUGACCAGUAUGUUAGCACACUUCUGAGAAAUAUGGACAUGUAUGCUUUCUCUGAGUUAAGUGCAGGAAGUCUGGAAAUAACAUUAGGAUCUUGUUAUGUGUAUUCUUAAAUUCAAGAAGGUUAGUUUGUUUUGGUUUUAUUCCAGUCAUAUGGCAAUGUGCUGCUCCAUAGUGCUCUGCUUUUCCCAUGGGACUGAUGCCUGCUAAAUCUUAAGUUAUUCACAGAGCUGCUAUCUGGAAGUAGGCAGUCAUUCUCUAGCAGCUUAGAACCCAAAGCAAAAGAGUAUUUUAGUGAAUGACUGAUAUCUUACAAACAGUCUUUUGAGGCUAAUAAAACAAGUGGUGGCAUGAACUACACAUCUCGUGAGGGAAAAAUCAUACAAAGAUUACAGUCUCUUGCUCAGGAUAAUUGAUUAUGGAGAUUUUUACUAAGAAUUCUCUACAAAAGGCUUGUAUAUGUACUCAAAAAUCCAAGGCCUUAGUCUGCUACAGUUUAUACUAUUUUGGCAUUAAUCUAAAUCAAACAGUUCUUUAGAUUUAUUAUCACUGUGCACAAACAUAUUUAGUAAAACUAGUUUUAGGCUCCAAAUACAGGAAAAUAUUUAUUUUAGGUAUUGAAAAUUAUUACCAACUGCCAGAUCUUCACUUGUAUAGGUGUGUCUGUGGUGCUUAUAAUCCUCCAUCUGGUGCACUAGUUCUGCUUUUUCUUUCUCUAAUUGAUUAUUAGUUAAUCUGGAAUAUAAAACAAUUUUAGAAUAAUUUUUAAAAAUUAUUAAAAUAUUUUAGAACUUUAACUAGAAAUGUGCAAUAGACAUUUCCUGGUCAUUCUUAUUUCAUGCAUAUUGGCUGAGGUAUUUAUUUAUUUAGAAGUACAUUACCUUAAAAGCUGAAGCUCCUUGAUGAGGCUUUGCUCUGUCCUUGCACCUUCAGGAAGAUAUUUGAGAAGCUUAAUCUUAAAAGAAAAAUUAAGAAAGUUUUACUUAUGAAAACAGCAUCCAUGAACAACACAGUUCAGACAGAAUUUUCUUGGACCCAGGAUUAAAAAAUGAAUGAAAAUAAUACUAAAGAUGUAACCAAGUACUAGGUUAUCAAAAAAAAA